AAUUCAUCGUCGUUGCCCGGCCAUCAAACGGAACAAAUAGGUAAGAGUGGAGGUUGAUCGAUCGUAAAUAAAAACUGGUAUCUCUCGCUAUUUUAUUCUAGUAGUCGUUGGGUAUCUUCUAAAGCCCUUAGCAAAAUGGCUAAUCGUUUUCGGCAAUUUCGCCUUCUGCUGUGGAAAAACUUCAUACUACAAAUACGAAGGCCUGUAGGAACAGUAUUCGAAAUACUACUUCCAAUCCUCCUUGUUGCUAUACUCAUAUUACCAAAGGUAUUCUUAGAGCCAACUAACAUCUGCUUUGAUACAUUUGAGCCAACAUCAAGCCUCUCAAUUCCAUCCAGCAUUAUAAAACAGCAGACCAUUGCUUUAGCACAAGAAGGCAAAAUACUGACAGCAAACCAGUCUCUAGUGUUGGCAUACUAUCCAUUGGGAGAUCCAGUGGCGUCUUUGAUGAGAAAAGUUUCCCAAACGACUGGAAUCAAAGCUGUAAAUUACAGUGUAGUUCAUGGAGAGAAAGAAUUUACAAGUCUUGACCAGAUCAUUGCUGAGGCAACUGAGCAYGAAGAUCGAUAUUUUGGAGUUGUGGUGUUUGAUUUGAACAAAGGAGACCCUCUGCCCAAGAAAGUCAAGUAUUCCAUUCGCUUGUCCCAUAGUUCUGCUGGAGAUCGGAAAACCUGGCUGACUGAAAGAACCUACCCAAACUUCCAGACUAGAGGAGCACGGAAAGAUAAUUUUUAUUUGUCAAGAUUUGUACCACUCCAAUAUGCCAUUGACAUGGCCAUCAUCCAGGAAAAAUCUAAUCUUCCUACGCCUAUUCCUAUGAAUGUGCAGCAAUUGCCUUAUCCUAGCUAUGUUCAGGAUCCCUUUGUUCAGACUGUGUCUGGACUCUUACCAUUCAUGGUUACAUUGGCUUUUAUCUAUUCUGCUGUCUCAAUCAUUAAGGAAAUCGUUUUUGAGAAACAACAGCGUUUGAAGGAGUCCAUGAAAAUGAUGGGACUGGAAAACUGGUUGCAUUGGUUGGCUUGGUACACCAAAUGUCUGCUGUUUUUGUUAAUCAGCGUGAUUCUUGUCACACUGGUUAUCAAGGUUUUCAAGAUCUUUGAAUAUUCCGAUGGUUUUAUAGUUUUCCUCUUUUUCCUGAUCUAUGCCGCUGCCUCCAUCUCUUACUGCUUUUUUAUCAGCGUGUUUUUCUCCAACCCAACUCUGAGUAUGCUGUUUGGCUUGGCAUUGUGGUAUGCAUCACUUCUGCCUUACCAGAUCUUCGCACAAAAUCAGAAUUUUGAUCUGCUCAGCAAAAGUGCAAAAGCUGCCAUGUGUCUUCUUCCAAACAGUGCCCUUGGCAUUGCAUCCACUCUCUUUGCUAGGCUAGAAGGUUUGAAGCUUGGAAUGACCUUUGAAACCAUUAACCAAUCAACAUCUCCUGAUGAUACAUUCAACAUGGCAUGGGUCUUCAUGAUGAUGAUUAUAUCAGCUGUCAUGUUCAUGAUACUCGCUUGGUACAUCGAAGGCGUGUUUCCUGGAAAAUACGGAAUCCCAAAGCCAUUUUACUUUCCUUUCCAAAAGUCUUACUGGUGUGGGUUUUCACAUGAUGAUAUCAUAGAGGCAAAUGCCACGGAUAAGGAGCUUGGUCCAGUUGAAAAUAAAGAUCAAGAUCACCACGCUGUGGAAGACGAACCUACCGACCUUCAAAUAGGUGUUGGAAUCAAAGGCUUGAGAAAAGUGUUCAAGAGCUCCGCCGGAACCAAAGUAGCAGUAGAUGGAUUAUCACUCAACAUGUACAAAGGCCAAAUAACAGCACUUCUUGGACACAACGGUGCAGGCAAGACCACCACCAUGUCUAUCCUAACAGGUCUUUUCCCACCAACGUCGGGUUCCGCUCAUAUUGGUAACAAAAGUAUCCUUACAGACAUUGAUGGAAUAAGAGAAAGUCUUGGACUUUGUCCUCAACAUAACGUGUUGUUUGACCGGCUGACUGUCAAAGAACAUUUGGAGUUCUUUAUUAAUUUAAAGGGCAAGUAUGGACAGGCAGCCAAGGAUGAGGUCCUUGCCAUGAUCACUGACAUGCAGCUCCUUGAUAAGAUGAAUGAAAAGUCUGCUACGCUAUCAGGUGGAAUGAAACGAAAACUAAGUUGCGCCAUUGCCCUGGUGGGAGGGUCUGAAACAGUAUUCCUGGACGAGCCCACGUCAGGAAUGGACCCUUAUGCUCGAAGGGCUACCUGGGACCUUCUUUUGAAGUACAAAGCAGGAAAGACGAUUAUUUUGACCACUCAUUUCAUGGACGAAGCAGAUUUCUUGGGAGAUCGAAUUGCAAUCAUGGCUGAUGGACAGUUAAGAUGUUGUGGAUCAUCCCUUUUCCUUAAGAGCAGGUAUGGAGUUGGUUAUCAUCUGACUUUAGUCAAAGAAAAGGAUUUCAAUGAAAACACGACCAUCAACACAGUCAAGCGCUUUGUUCCCUCGGCUGAAAUCCUAAGUAGUGUCGGUGCUGAGCUGGAAAUGGUUCUCAACAAAGACGCAGCAAAAUCCUUCGAAAAUCUCUUUCUUGAUUUAGAAACCAAGAAGCAAGAGUAUGGAAUAGCUAGUUUUGGGGUAUCUGUCACCACGAUGGAGGAAGUUUUCAUGAAAGUAGGAGAAGGAGCUGAAAAGACAGUUGACGAUAUCGUUAGCGAUCACGAACAUCACAAAGAUACAGAGAAUAUCGUUACGAUUCCAAACGAAACAGAUCCUGACAUGGGUGAACUUCAGAAAGGCUUCGCACACAAAUGGCAACAGUACAAGGCGAUGCUUGUGAAGAGGUUCCUGAACUCCAAGCGAGACAAGAAGGCCGUCGUCACACAGCUGAUCAUGCCAUUAGUGAUGGUUCUUUUCGGUCUCAUUAUCAUCAAUUCAAAUCCAGCACGAGACAGUGAUCUCCCUCGCCUUCUCAAGCUCUCGAACCUUAGCGUUGGUGGUGUCAAUUCUAAGGCUUUCUUUGGUUACUUCCGUGACGUUAACGCCUCAACAAAAGCCUCAUAUCUUUCGGCAGCGAAAGACUUCCUAUCAACUGUGAAAGUAGACACUAUUGAUGUCACAGACAGCGUUAAUACCAUCCAGAGCAAAAAUACCUUGAACGGUAUUCAAGUCCAAGGAACAAGCUAUAACUAUAGUUCUCCUGUGAAGGACAAACUGAGCCCUUGUUGUAAUUAUGAGUUCCUGAUACUGAAUGCCAAAUGUCAGAAAGAUUUCACUGACAAAUCCUUAAAAGCUAGUAAUUGCUCCUCCAACGAAAUGUUUGGAUACAAGUCAGAAUGUGAUACCUGUCUGACUCAAACGAAACUAUCGUGCAAUCCAAAGAGCAUCCAACAAACUAUUUUAAGCGACAAGAACACCUAUUUUAUCGAACACGUAUUGGAGGAGAGUGAUUCGAAGGACUUCUUCAACAAACAUGUAGCUGGUUUUACUAUUGGCCCUAUGACGUACACCGUAAUUGCACCAACCAACAUGUCCGGUGGUAACAUGUCAAGCAGUAAUGUGUCAAGCGGCAAUAGCUCGUUACCAACUAAUAAGACUGGUCCUGUUACUACUAUGCCACCUAAUCCUUCAACCUUGUGGUACAGUAAUCAGGCUUUUCACACGGUUGCAGAAGCACUAAAUGCAAUGUCCAACAUCUUCUUACGAGAGUUGACCAGCAAAGAGCACGAGAUUGAGACAACAAACUUUCCUCUGCCAAACACCGCCAAGAAUAAGUCGGAGAACGUGACGGGAAGUUUUUCCAUGCUGUUUAUGGCUAUCUUCCUUGCCAUGGGCAUGGCAUACAUGGCAGCCAGCUUUAUAGCGUUCCUUGUGCAAGAACGUGCUUCUAAGGCCAAACAUCUUCAGUUUGUCAGUGGAGUGGAUUCAUUCUGCUACUGGUUCGGGACCUACACGUGGGACUAUCUGAACUACUUGAUUCCAGCACUGUUUGUUCUUGUCAUCUUCGCUGCCUUUCAGGUCGAAUCGUAUAAAAAUGACAUGGGUGCGGUCUUUCUACUUCUGAUUCUUUUUGGGAUGGCAGUACUUCCAUUCGUUUAUGUUAUGUCUUUCCUGUUCAAGUCUCCACUGGUUGCUUAUGCUUUAACUGUAUUCAUUCUUUCGAUCCUUAGUCUGGCAAUGCUGUUGACAGUAUUUAUUUGCCGUUUGCCGGGCGUGGAUUUGGAAGAAGAAGCUGAGAUCAUGCAUUAUGUCUUCAUGAUUUUCCCAACAUACACACUGUCCAUUUCUCUUGUUGAUAUGAACUCUAACUACGAAAAUAGGAAAAUCUGCACAGAAACGCCUGAGACGAGGAUGUUUAUGCUGAAAGAAUGCGAAUUGCUCAGUUGAAUAAAGAACAGAGUAGCAAACAGGCUGUAGUGAUGAAGGAUCUUACCAAGAUUUACAGAGGUUCAAACAUGGUCGCUGUUAAUCAUCUUAAUCUUGGAAUACCCAGAGGAGAGUGCUUCGGUCUUCUUGGAGUCAACGGUGCUGGUAAAACAAGCACAUUUAGCAUGCUCACUGGUGAUCAAAGUAUCUCUGAUGGAACAGCUUUUCUUGAUGGUUAUGACAUUCAGACCCAUCUCAAACAAGUCCAGCAACGCAUAGGAUAUUGUCCACAGUUUGAUGCGUUGAUCGAGAGGAUGACAGGACGAGAAAUGCUUGUGAUGUACGCGCAACUACGAGGUGUUGCUCCUGACAAAAUCGAUGAGGUCGUAUCAGCUACCAUUGAUCAUUUAAGUCUUGGAAAAUGGGCCGACAAGUUGUGCGGAAAUUACAGUGGUGGCAAUAAACGCAAACUCAGCACCGCCAUAGCGUUAGUUGGCAAUCCCCCCAUUGUAUUCCUGGAUGAGCCUACGAGUGGUAUGGAUCCUGUUGCUCGUCGUUUCCUGUGGGAUUCUUUGACCAGCGUUAUGAAGGGCGGCCGUUCAAUUAUACUAACGUCACACAGCAUGGAGGAAUGUGAAGCUCUUUGUACUCGUCUGGCCAUCAUGGUCAAUGGUCAGUUCAAGUGUAUUGGCAGCCCUCAGCAUCUCAAGAGCAGAUUCGGCUAUGGUUACUCUCUCAUGAUCAAAGUCAAAGGGGAUAUAAACACUAAUGGAUCCAUAGCGACGGCUUCUGAAGUCAUCCCACAAGUACCUUCAGUACCUUCAGCUGCUUAUACCAAUCCUGUAGCAACACAGGGUCUUCCUAGUGUCCAUGGACCUGGACAUCCUCCAUAUAAUGCAGUCGCCAAUCAAAAUCCUCCAGCCAAUGGUGAUGUUGCAUACCUACCUCCCCCACCUCCAGUAGCUCCUCCCAACCUGGAAACAAUCAUGCUACAACCUCCUGCUGUAUACUAUGACAAUGGUCUAAUGGAGGCCGUUCAGAAAGCACAAGCCUUUAUUGACCAAGCGUUCCCAGGAGCUACCUUAAUGGAGUCUCAUAACGGCAUGUUGACGUACCAAAUCGUUAACGAAGACCUGACAUGGUCACAAAUAUUUGGUCAACUUGAAAGAAAUCGAGAAAGUCUCAACAUUAUUGACUACAGUGUUAGCCAAACCACUCUUGAACAGGUGUUUAUAAAUUUCGCCAAACACCAACAUUCUGAGGAAAGGACCAAAGUGAAAAAGUGUCGUUGUUUUCCUUGUUAAAUAGAAGUUCUUCAGCCAUUAUUAUUGUUAUAUAUAUUCAAUUUUUAGGUAAGAUUUGUACUUCGCACACGUAAUCAAAGGCACUUCUAUCAUCAUACAGUCAAUUCAAAAAACGUUGUCGUUGACCGACUCAAGCCUACGGGACUGGACCGCAAGCGAAUAUGGGUAAAAAUCACUGAAGCGGUUAAAUAUCACAAUAUUCAUUCUGAAUUAAUUGUCCCGCUAGUAGUAAAGAUAAUAAUGGUGAGAAACAAUCCAUCAAAUGCAUGUCUUCGGGUUUAGG